UGUUUAGCCAGCAGGGAAUGAGAGCUGUGGCCUGUGGAUAGGCACGCUGCUGCGAGAGAGUAGAGAUGGUACUCCUUCACCUCCCCAAACUCCCUUCCACCAUUCUAACUCCGCUAUCCUCUUCUCCCAUCUUUCUCCGCAAUCAUUUCCUAAACCCAAAUCCAAACCCAACCAAAACCCCUCGCCCCCUCUUACUAUUCUCCACCCUAACCCUUCCCGCCUCAGAACCCACACCGAUAGACCCUCACACACCCGAACCCACCCCCCACCUCCAACUCCCUCUCCACAAGCUCUUCGUUCCCCCCGAAACCCAUGUCCCCCUCGACACCCCUACCCUCACCGCCAGAAUCCUCAAGGGCUCCAACAUUCUCCUCAGCAACUACGCCACCGACUCUCAGGUGGCGCAAGCGGAGUUCAUCAAGAGCAGUGUUAGGACCGAGGACUGCCCCUCCGAUGGCCUCCCUGAGUUUGCUCUCGUUGGACGCUCCAAUGUCGGCAAAUCCUCGCUCCUCAAUUCCCUUGUUCGCCGCAAGAAGCUCGCCUUGACCUCCAAGAAACCAGGCAAAACACAAUGCAUUAACCAUUUUCGGAUUAAUGAUAGCUGGUACCUGGUUGAUUUGCCUGGAUAUGGGUAUGCAUCUGCACCGCAGGAGCUUAGAAUGGAUUGGGAAAAAUUCACCAAGGACUAUUUUCUUAACCGGUCAACCCUAGUUUCAGUUUUCCUUCUAAUAGAUGCCAGCAUUCCUGCUAAACAAAUUGAUCUCGAGUAUGCUAGUUGGUUGGGCCAGAAUCAGAUCCCAAUGACCAUAAUCUUCACCAAAUGUGACAAGCGGAAGAAGAAAAAGAACGGAGGCAAAAGACCAGAAGAAAAUGUUAAUGACUUUCAGGAAUUGAUACACGGCUUCUUUGAGACGGCACCUCCGUGGAUCAUGACCAGUAGUGUUACUAAUCAGGGUCGUGAUGAGAUUCUUCUCCAUAUGGCCCAGCUAAGAAACUAUUGGCUCAAGCACUAGAACUGAUAAACAUGUAGGUACCAGCUAAUAUAGUUAUCAUAGCAUUGUAUUCUAUGAUGAGCAUUUCUAUAUUGCUCAAAGUACAUACCGGGCCUAAAGCAGGAUAAAGAACAUUAUUUGGAACAAAACUUCAUCCAGCGUCCCGCUCCGGUCGAAUGCAAGGUUUCACUUUGAGUCAUCUUGUUUAUCCUUAUCUCACAUUCAUUAAAUUUGAGCCGUUCUUCAGUUGAGGGUUAGUGGGUGACAACGUUGUAUUCUACUGUCUCAAAAGUAGAUAUGAUCUUUACCUUUUACUACCCUCAUUUUUAUUACUUCUUUUCAAACUAUGUAUAUUCUCAUUUUCAGCUUAAGCAUCUAUCUUAGUUUA